AUAUACAAUGUUUUGAAGACAAUAGUGCCAGCCUGCCUCAUCCCUGCAGAUCUUUAGAGAGUGUAACACCUGACCAGCGCAGCACUCUCUCAGAUGACUCGUUACAAUGUGCCUUCUCUAUAGGAAUGUAAGUCGAAGACUUAACUUACCUUAACUCAACACAAAAGGACACUGAGAUCCCUGCAUGUUGGAAAAUGAUGCUAAAGCCAAGUGGUCCACAGCAAGCGUCCAUAGGAGACGAUGGCAGUGGUUGUGGAUUCAGGGAGUAGGAGACAGAAGCACUUGGGGACGACAGUCCGGGAGAUGAGGGCGGAGGUUAUGAGUAGAGAUUAAAGACAACAGGGCAGCAAGACGAGCCAAACAGAACAGAACCAGACAAUGGAAAAUACAGAGCAAUCAGAAGACAAACAAGAAAAAAACAGAAGAACCAAAAUGGAGACUAUUAAAAGACAAAGACAACUGACAUGUGAAGUAAUAGAGGGAAUUGAACAACUUUGGGAGGAGACACAAAGAGAGAGAAAUGAAAUUGACGACCUAAAGACAAAGGCAGAGCAGCAACAGGAGGACAUUGACAGACUGGCAGCUGAAAAACACCAGCAGAACUUAUUAAUAAAAAGACUGAAAUUACAGCUAGAAAAUGCUCUCGAGAAACUCGAGGAGAAUAAAAACAAAGCCAGUCGAGAAAAAAUUCAACUUCAAAACAUGUGGGCUGAAAUAUACCAAGAGAAGGAAACUCUGGACAGAAGAUGCAACGAGAUCAUGAAAGAGCGACGCAAGUUGGAAAUGAUCAAGUAUGAUGAGAGAAAAUCACAAGAAAAUAAGGAAUCCAAAGAACCGAUGGAGCAGAUAAAGCAAAGGCAGGAGAUAAUGGAGAGACUGAUGGCUGACAGUCUGCUGAGUAUCAAGAACAAAAACCAGAAAAUAAUGCUUGAAGCAAAGCAGGCAAAAGAGCAAAUGGAGAAAAACAUGGCAGACAUAAAGGAAGAGUUACAGAGAAAUAAAAAUGAGAUUACACAACACAGAGACCAAAUUAAGCACAUCAAGCAUAAUGUGAAUGUAAACAUUACAAAAAUGAAGCAAAGUUGGACAAAAAGUCAAACGCAGCGAGCCCCAGAGAUGGAAAGCAGAGAAAGACAGAAAGAAGGAAAGGAGACCUUCGACUCCGUGAAGAUGAAAGUCAGCAGAAUCCAGGAGGAGACGGAGAAACUUUGGCAAAUGUUAGAAGACAGCGAACAACAACUGGAAGUGAAGCUAAGGACAGAGACUGGUCAAACGGAAAACAUGAACAGCUUGGCACAGGUACAAUCUGAAAGAGACGAGAUAGAAAGAAUCAAAGCUAUAAUGCAGACAGAGAGAGAAAGCAUUGUGAGAGACAGGCAGCUGGCUAAAGCAGAAAUGGAUGCACUGGAGUGUAUGAGGGAGAGUACUGAAAGGCAAAAACAGGAGCUGGACGACAAGUUACAGGGGACAAAGAAAGAGAUAAGGGAGAUGGAAGUGAUGCAAGCUGAGAUUGAAAUUAAAAAAAGGGAUCUGGUGAAAAUGAUGAGGAUGAGCAGGAGAAGAAAGGAAGAGAUCAGUAUGACGAAGGCUCGGAUUGAACACACUGAAGAAGACAUGGAGGGGAGACAAGACAAGUCUCUGCUGGAGGUGAACAUGGUGGACAGAUCUGAGCAGCAGACGAUAAGUGUUCAACACGCUGACAGGAGCAGAGAAAUGAUACAGCAUAAAGAACAGCAGCCUGAGGAUGGCAACAUGGAGACAAACACCACAAACAAAGUGAACACUGACAUCUGCAGAGUGAUUCGUGAAGUGGAAGAAAUCAGAGAGAUGCUGCGUAGGGUGAGAGAAGACACCGAGCAAAGCAGGAGAGGCAUCACGCAAGAAAAGAGCCACAUCAAAUGGAUGAAUUUCCAAACCAAAAAAAAGGGACGGGUGCUGGACCAACAGCUGGAGAAGACCAUGAAAGAGAGGGAUGAGUUAGAAAUCGUGAAGAUGAAGAUACAGCAACAAGGCCAGGAAGUCGCACAAAAACUGGAGAAUACAAUAACUACGAUUCUGACUAUGGGUGAGAUGAAGGCUAACAUGGAGAAAGCUGCCGCAGAGAUGAACAACACCCUGGAGGAGAUGCUCAAAGCCCGAAGACAGAUGGCCGAGAACAAGGAAGAAGUUAAAAAACUCAUGGAGAAGAUGACUUCCAUGAAAGCCAAGGUCAGCAAAUGGACAUCAACAGAAUCUGCAAUCAAAAAUACUUUUUCAGUGAAUACAUUUAAACUUGGAGAACCACAGAAACAAACACACAGAGACUCCCCCAAAGACCAAACAUUUGAAAUUCCAACAGGAAAAGAAGGAGCAGACAGUGAAAUCACGAUUGAAGCCAUGUCUUUGCAGCAAUCCUUAACAUUAGAAGACCAGCAUCAACGUGAAGACAUCAAUGAACAGGAAAACAUGCAUUCAGAGCACGAACAGAGACAAGAACACAAGGGUUCUGCAGUGGACAUUAAGGAAGAGCAGAAUGUUUUCUUACAGAUACAGACAGAAAUUCAUGAAGAAACAUUAAUGGGUGACGAUCAGACAGACAUAGCAAUAAAUGUAAGAGAAAAGGUAAAAGUGGAAAAACAGAUAUACAAACUCAAGGAGAGAGAGGAGAAAAUAAAGGAGCAAAUAACACGUGAUAUGAAGAACAUGGAAGAAAGAAAUCAAGAGAUAAAACGGCUCAUGAUGGAAAUAAAUGACCUGCAGAGCCAGAGACCAGGGACUGGAACUGCGGUACCAAGUACAGUCAGGGAAACUGGAAUUGUGGAGGAAUACAAAGAAGUUGUGAAGGCAAACAACGUUUUCAAACAUGAAAUAAUUCAUUAUGAGGUGCAAGUGCAAAAGGAGGAGAGGGGCAAUACGGUGAAGCAAGACUUAACUGAUGAGUCUGACUUGAAGAGACUGGGCGCUGAGAAGCACAAACAAAGCCAGGAGUCAAGAGAAGAUCUAGAGACACAUACUGACGAGAUGGAUGGACGUUCUCAUACACAGGACACAGGAAGCGCUGAUAUACAAAGACUGAGGGCAGAGAUUCAUAGAACACAAGAAAUCAUAAGAUCAGUGAAACUUGAACUUGAAAACCAAGCUCAAGAAAGUAACAUCGCUUCACAUGAUGACAGUGAAAUUGAGGGAUUGCUGCAAGACUUGAAACAAUUCCAAGAGCUUUUGAAAAUGGUAAAAGCUGAAAUGAGGCAAAGUGAAAUGCACCUGAAAGAUGAAAUGAGCAACAUGAAAUCCAUGAAAACUGCAGCCAAGAAACAGAGAAGAGAACUGGAUCAGAGGUUAGAGAAAACUUUGAGAGAGAAAGACGAAUUGAAUAUUUUGAAAAUAAAAGUGCAGAGACAAACUGAAGAGACUGAGCAGAAGUUGGAGAAAAUGGCAAAAGUGAAGAGCAGCAUGGUGACAAUGGCUGCUAAAACUAGACAAAAGAGUGAAAAGAUAGAGAUUAUGAUGACGGAAACCAACGUAAAACUGGGACAAUUAGAAAACCUGAAUUAUAUGAUUGAGGCGACAAAACACAAACUGGAAAAUAAAUGUCUUAUAAUAUCACAGGAAAGGGCUGAACUUGAAAAACUCGUAACUGAAAUCAGGCAGCCAAAGGAUAGAAAAUCUGCCUUGGAAAAUCCAGAGAGCGAGAACGGAGACAUUAGAAAACAUGUCACAGCUGAAACAGACACAGAAAGGGAAAAAAUGACAAAAAACAGAAUGGGCAAUGAAACGGAGCAAAUGGAAAAUGAAAUUGUCAGACUCAGAUCAGAAAAUGGGAAACUGGAGGAGCACAUAAAAAUGAUAAUGGGCAGUUUGGAUGAGAAAAACAGUGAAAUUGAACAACUGAAAAAGGCAAUAAGUGAGCAAGUGAAAAAGAAGAACGAGAGAGAAGAGCUUGAGAUGCUGAAACAACAGAUUGAAGUAGAGAGGGAGAAAGUGAGAAAAGGAAGACAACAAGCUGAGGCAGAAAUACAUGAGCUGAACUGUUUAAGGGAGAGUAUUGAAAGACAGAAACCAGAGCUUGAAGAAAGAGUGCACAUGACCAAAAAAGAAAUGAGAGAGCUGGAGCUGCUGAAGUCAGAGCUGGAAACGAAGAAAAGAGAAAGUGAAAGGAUAUUUAAAAGGAGCAUGAGAAAAAAGGAGGAGGGUGAAAGAAUGUGGAAUGAAAUACAACGAGAAAAGAUGUUACUGAGGAGAGAAUCCCAAAAGAGAAAACGAGAAUUAGACCAAAGACUGGAGAAAACCAUGAGAGAGAGGGAUGAGUUAGAAAUGAUGAGGAUGAAACUGCAUCAUCAGAGGGCAGAGCUUGCUGAUGAAAAGCAGAGCAUCAAAGACAAGACAACUGUCAUCCAAGUAUACAAAGAAGAGGAAAAACAAGGGAAGGAACAGCAAGACGUGGAAUGGAUCAGGAAGACGGCUGAAAUGUCACACCACAGGACAAAACUCACCAGUUCCAUUACUGACCUUCAAAACAUGAGACAAAAUAUCCAUGUGCAUUUGGAACUAAUGAGGGGGGAAAUGGGAAUUCUGGAAAAUGUACAUGUACAUUUAUGGAAACAAACAGAAGAUAUCAAAGCACUAAAAGCUGAGAGCAGGACUGCAAGAGACAAAAUAAGCAGAAUAACAUCUCAGAUAAAGAUGCACGUUGGAAAACUGACUUUACAAGCAAAAGCUGAGAGGGAUGAAAUGGCCCACGUAUGGGACGAUAUCCAAAAACACAAACAGCAACUUGAAAUCAAACUAGACAACAUUAAAAGAGAAAGAAGGGAGAUGGAAGUGUUGAAAUCUGAGUUGGAAGUCAGAAAAAGAGAAAAUCAACAGAUGACCCGAAAAGGCAUGAGAAAAGAGCUAGAAGUUAAGAAUAUGUGGGCUGAGGUCAAAGGACAAAAAGAUGCCCUCAAGAGGGACACACAGAGGAGGAAGAAAGAGCUUGACGAACGAAUGGAGAGGUUAAUCAGAGAGCAGGAUGAACUAAAGAUUAUGAAACUGAAGCUGCAAAGAGAAAAGGAUGAGAGCAAAGGUGAAGUCAAACAGUCAGGGAUGUCAGAUCUUGAAAACCUGAAGGCAGACAGAAAGCAAGAGAGACAGGAUCUGGAAAUAAUGAAUAAGAUGAUGAACAAAGAGAAACUGGACAAAGAGCUGAGGGUCCUAAUCAGUUCUGACAGUCAGACACAAACUGACAUAUUAGAACAAGAAAAACAAGUUCUAAAAGAGGAAAGAGAAAAGCUGGAUAUCACAAAGGCUGAGCUUCAAGAGAAGAAAGAACAGGCAGACAGUCUGUUUCAUGAGAUAACCAGAGAGAAGAACAACAUUCAAGAUCUGAAGCUUCAGGUUCAGACACAAAGAGACAAACUGGAAAAUGCCAUCAACAUGAUUACCUUCAAAGAAAAAGAACAAGAGCUCAAGGAAGAUGAGUUUGAAAGACUGAAACAAGAACUGGAAUCCAGUAAGAUCAAUGUGCUAAUGGAAAGGGAGGAACUGGAAGUUUUGAGGAAGGAUCUCAACAAGAAGAAAGAAGAGCUUGAAGUUACCAUGAACAGCAUCAGUGAAGAGAGAGAACAACUCAGUCAGAUGAAGAUAAGCAUUGACGUGGACAGACAAGCACUUGCAAAUGAGAGAGAUCAAAUGGAAGCAGACAUAUCUGAGUUUAAUUUGAGGGAAGGUCAGCUCAUGAGUGACAUACUAUCCAUGCAAACCCUGAGAAGUAAAGUCAAAGCACUGAAUGAAAAGAUGUGUAUGUACAUGAAAAACAAAACAGACAAACUAGACCAAACCACUCAAGAUGUGCAAAGAUUAUGUCUUGUAUUGGAACAAAAGAUUAAAGACUUUGAACAAGAGAAAGACCAGAUGUCGGUUUAUAUGAAGCUGAUACAGAAAGAAAAGGAUGAUCUGAAAGGUAAACUAUCAGACAUGGUCAUCCAGAGAGAAGAAAUGGAAAAUCGAUGGAAGCAACAUCCUGUGUUAGAAAAACAAGAACUUGACAAACUGAAGACAACGCUGAUGCAAGAGAGAGAGGAUCUGAACAAAGAGAAACUGGACUUGGAGCUGAUGAGUUCUGACAUCCAGAAACAAACUGACAGACUAGAACAAGAAAAACAAGUUCUAAAAGAGGAAAGAGAAAAGCUGGAUAUCACAAAGGCUGACCUUCGAGAGAAGAAAGAACAGGCAGACAGUCUGUUUCAUGAGAUAACCAGAGAGAAGAACAACAUUCAAGAUCUGAACCUUCAGGUUCAGACACAAAGAGACAAACUGGAAAAUGCCAUCAACAUGAUUACCUUCAAAGAAAAAGAAAUACAUCUCAAGGAAGACGAGUUUGAAAGACUGAAACAAGAACUGGAAUCCAGUAAGAUCAAUGUGCUAAUGGAAAGGGAGGAAGUGGAAGUUUUGAGGAAGGAUCUCAACAAGAAGAAAGAAGAGCUGGAAGUUACCAUGAACAGCAUCAGUGAAGAGAGAGAACAACUCACUAAAAUGAAGACUGACAAUGACAAAGAGAGAGAAAUGCUUUUGAAUGAAAAGGACAGCAUGGAAGGUGAAAGGUCUGAGCUGAAGAUGAGAGAAGAUCAGCUCAUGACUAAAAUGAAAUCCAUAGAAACUCUGAGAGUAAAUCUUCAACAGCUAAACCAAAGGAUGAGUACAGACAUGAAAAAUAAAACUGACACUUUGCAACAAAACAUUGAAAAAGUGCGAAUGCUGUACGCUGAUUCUGAACAAAAGCUGGCAGAACUUGAUGAACAGAAAGAAAACAUGGCUUGUCACAUUGAGCUGUUAGAGAAAGAAAGGAAUAGUCUGAUAAGUAUCAUGUCAGACAUGGUCAUCCAGAGAAGACACAUCGAUAAUCAAUGGAAGCAAAGGUUUGACUUGGACAAACAAAACCUUGACAAACUGAAGGAAGAGCUGGAGCAAGAGAGGGAGGACGUGGACAGAGUGAAGGAGAUAAUGAACAAAGAGAAACUGGACUUGGAGCUGAUGAGUUCUGACAUCCAGAAACAAACUGACAGACUAGAACAAGAAAAACAAGUUCUAAAAGAGGAAAGAGAAAAGCUGGAUAUCACAAAGGCUGAGCUUCAAGAGAAGAAAGAACAGGCAGACAGUCUGUUUCAUGAGAUAACCAGAGAGAAGAACAACAUUCAAGAUCUGAAGCUUCAGGUUCAGACACAAAGAGACAAACUGGAAAAUGCCAUCAACAUGAUUACCUUCAAAGAAAAAGAACAAGAGCUCAAGGAAGACGCGUCUGAAAGACUGAAACAAGAACUGGAAUCCAGUAAGAUCAAUGUGCUAAUGGAAAGGGAGGAACUGGAAGUUUUGAGGAAGGAUCUCAACAAGAAGAAAGAAGAGCUUGAAGUUACCAUGAACAGCAUCAGUGAAGAGAGAGAACAACUCACUAAAAUGAAGACUGACAAUGACAAAGAGAGAGAAAUGCUUUUGAAUGAAAAGGACAGCAUGGAAGGUGAAAGGUCUGAGCUGAAGAUGAGAGAAGAUCAGCUCAUGACUAAAAUGAAAUCCAUAGAAACUCUGAGAGUAAAUCUUCAACAGCUAAACCAAAGGAUGAGUACAGACAUGAAAAAUAAAACUGACACUUUGCAACAAAACAUUGAAAAAGUGCGAAUGCUGUACGCUGAUUCUGAACAAAAGCUGGCAGAACUUGAUGGACAAAAAGAAAACAUGGCUUGUCACAUUGAGCUGUUAGAGAAAGAAAGGAAAAGUCUGAUAAGUAUCAUGUCAGACAUGGUCAUCCAGAGAAGACACAUCGAUAAUCAAUGGAAGCAAAGGUUUGACUUGGACAAACAAAACCUUGACAAACUGAAGGCAGAGCUGGAGCAAGAGAAGGAGGACGUGGACAGAGCGAAGGAAAUGAUGAACAAAGAGAAACUGGACUUGGAGCUGAUGAGUUCUGACAUCCAGAAACAAACUGACAGACUAGAACAAGAACAAGAAGUUCUAAAAGAGAGAAGAGAAAAGCUGGAUAUCACAAAGGCUGAGCUUCAAGAGAAGAAAGAACAGGCAGACAGUCUGUUUCAUGAGAUAACCAGAGAGAAGAACAACAUUCAAGAUCUGAACCUUCAGGUUCAGACACAAAGAGACAAACUGGAAAAUGCCAUCAACAUGAUUACCUUCAAAGAAAAAGAACAAGAGCUCAAGGAAGACGAGUUUGAAAGACUGAAACAAGAACUGGAAUCCAGUAAGAUCAAUGUGCUAAUGGAAAGGGAGGAACUGGAAGUUUUGAGGAAGGAUCUCAACAAGAAGAAAGAAGAGCUUGAAGUUACCAUGAACAGCAUCAGUGAAGAGAGAGAACAACUCACUAAAAUGAAGACUGACAAUGACAAAGAGAGAGAAAUGCUUUUGAAUGAAAAGGACAGCAUGGAAGGUGAAAGGUCUGAGCUGAAGAUGAGAGAAGAUCAGCUCAUGACUAAAAUGAAAUCCAUAGAAACUCUGAGAGUAAAUCUUCAACAGCUAAACCAAAGGAUGAGUACAGACAUGAAAAAUAAAACUGACACUUUGCAACAAAACAUUGAAAAAGUGCGAAUGCUGUACGCUGAUUCUGAACAAAAGCUGGCAGAACUUGAUGGACAGAAAGAAAACAUGGCUUGUCACAUUGAGCUGUUCGAGAGAGAAAGGAAAAGUCUGAUAAGUAUCAUGUCAGACAUGGUCAUCCAGAGAAGACACAUCGAUAAUCAAUGGAAGCAAAGGUUUGACUUGGACAAACAAAACCUUGACAAACUGAAGGCAGAGCUGGAGCAAGAGAAGGAGGACGUGGACAGAGCGAAGGAAAUGAUGAACAAAGAGAAACUGGACUUGGAGCUGAUGAGUUCUGACAUCCAGAAACAAACUGACAGACUAGAACAAGAACAAGAAGUUCUAAAAGAGAGAAGAGAAAAGCUGGAUAUCACAAAGGCUGAGCUUCAAGAGAAGAAAGAACAGGCAGACAGUCUGUUUCAUGAGAUAACCAGAGAGAAGAACAACAUUCAAGAUCUGAACCUUCAGGUUCAGACACAAAGAGACAAACUGGAAAAUGCCAUCAACAUGAUUACCUUCAAAGAAAAAGAACAAGAGCUCAAGGAAGACAAGUUUGAAAGACUGAAACAAGAACUGGAAUCCAGUAAGAUCAAUGUGCUAAUGGAAAGGGAGGAACUGGAAGUUUUGAGGAAGGAUCUCAACAAGAAGAAAGAAGAGCUUGAAGUUACCAUGAACAGCAUCAGUGAAGAGAGAGAACAACUCAGUCAGAUGAAGAUAAGCAUUGACGUGGACAGACAAGCACUUGCAAAUGAGAGAGAUCAAAUGGAAGCAGAAAUAUCUGAGUUUAAUUUGAGGGAAGGUCAGCUCGUGAGUGACAUACCAUCCAUGCAAACCCUGAGAAGUAAAGUCAAAGCACUGAAUGAAAAGAUGUGUAUGUACAUGACAAACAAAACAGACAAGCUAGGCCAAACCACUCAAGAUGUGCAAAGAUUAUGUCUUGUAUUGGAACAAAAGAUUGAAGACUUUGAACAAGAGAGAGACCAGAUGUCGGUUUAUACGAAACUGAUACAGAGAGAAAAGGAUGAUCUGAAAGGUAAACUAUCAGACAUGGUCAUCCAGAGAGAAGAAAUGGAAAAUCGAUGGAAGCAACAUCCUGUGUUAGAAAAACAAGAACUUGACAAACUGAAGACAACGCUGAUGCAAGAGAGAGAGGAUCUGAACAAAGAGAAACUGGACUUGGAGCUGAUGAGUUCUGACAUCCAGAAACAAACUGACAGACUAGAACAAGAAAAACAAGUUCUAAAAGAGGAAAGAGAAAAGCUGGAUAUCACAAAGGCUGAGCUUCGAGAGAAGAAAGAACAGGCAGACAGUCUGUUUCAUGAGAUAACCAGAGAGAAGAACAACAUUCAAGAUCUGAACCUUCAGGUUCAGACACAAAGAGACAAACUGGAAAAUGCCAUCAACAUGAUUACCUUCAAAGAAAAAGAAAUACAUCUCAAGGAAGACGAGUUUGAAAGACUGAAACAAGAACUGGAAUCCAGUAAGAUCAAUGUGCUAAUGGAAAGGGAGGAAGUGGAAGUUUUGAGGAAGGAUCUCAACAAGAAGAAAGAAGAGCUGGAAGUUACCAUGAACAGCAUCAGUGAAGAGAGAGAACAACUCACUAAAAUGAAGACUGACAAUGACAAAGAGAGAGAAAUGCUUUUGAAUGAAAAGGACAGCAUGGAAGGUGAAAGGUCUGAGCUGAAGAUGAGAGAAGAUCAGCUCAUGACUAAAAUGAAAUCCAUAGAAACUCUGAGAGUAAAUCUUCAACAGCUAAACCAAAGGAUGAGUACAGACAUGAAAAAUAAAACUGACACUUUGCAACAAAACAUUGAAAAAGUGCGAAUGCUCUACUCUGAUUCUGAACAAAAGCUGGCAGAACUUGAUGGACAAAAAGAAAACAUGGCUUGUCACAUUGAGCUGUUAGAGAAAGAAAGGAAAAGUCUGAUAAGUAUCAUGUCAGACAUGGUCAUCCAGAGAAGACACAUCGAUAAUCAAUGGAAGCAAAGGUUUGACUUGGACAAACAAAACCUUGACAAACUGAAGGCAGGGCUGGAGCAAGAGAGAGGGGACGUGGACAGAGUGAAGGAGAUGAUGAACAAAGAGAAACUGGACUUGGAGCUGAUGAGUUCUGACAUCCAGAAACAAACUGACAGACUAGAACAAGAACAAGAAGUUCUAAAAGAGGAAAGAGAAAAGCUGGAUAUCACAAAGGCUGACCUUCGAGAGAAGAAAGAACAGGCAGACAGUCUGUUUCAUGAGAUAACCAGAGAGAAGAACAACAUUCAAGAUCUGAACCUUCAGGUUCAGACACAAAGAGACAAACUGGAAAAUGCCAUCAACAUGAUUACCUUCAAAGAAAAAGAACAAGAGCUCAAGGAAGACGAGUUUGAAAGACUGAAACAAGAACUGGAAUCCAGUAAGAUCAAUGUGCUAAUGGAAAGGGAGGAACUGGAAGUUUUGAGGAAGGAUCUCAACAAGAAGAAAGAAGAGCUUGAAGUUACCAUGAACAGCAUCAGUGAAGAGAGAGAACAACUCAGUCAGAUGAAGAUAAGCAUUGACAUGGACAGACAAGCACUUGCAAAUGAGAGAGAUCAAAUGGAAGCAGAAAUAUCUGAGUUUAAUUUGAGGGAAGGUCAGCUCAUGAGUGACAUACUAUCCAUGCAAACCCUGAGAAGUAAAGUCAAAGCACUGAAUGAAAAGAUGUGUAUGUACAUGAAAAACAAAACAGACAAACUAGACCAAACCACUCAAGAUGUGCAAAGAUUAUGUCUUGUAUUGGAACAAAAGAUUGAAGACUUUGAACAAGAGAGAGACCAGAUGUCAGUUUAUACGAAGCUGAUACAGAGAGAAAAGGAUGAUCUGAAAGGUAAACUAUCAGACAUGGUCAUCCAGAGAGAAGAAAUGGAAAAUCGAUGGAAGCAACAUCCUGUGUUAGAAAAACAAGAACUUGACAAACUGAAGACAACGCUGAUGCAAGAGAGAGAGGAUCUGAACAAAGAGAAACUGGACUUGGAGCUGAUGAGUUCUGACAUCCAGAAACAAACUGACAGACUAGAACAAGAAAAACAAGUUCUAAAAGAGGAAAGAGAAAAGCUGGAUAUCACAAAGGCUGAGCUUCAAGAGAAGAAAGAACAGGCAGACAGUCUGUUUCAUGAGAUAACCAGAGAGAAGAACAACAUUCAAGAUCUGAACCUUCAGGUUCAGACACAAAGAGACAAACUGGAAAAUGCCAUCAACAUGAUUACCUUCAAAGAAAAAGAAAUACAUCUCAAGGAAGACGAGUUUGAAAGACUGAAACAAGAACUGGAAUCCAAUAAGAUCAAUGUGCUAAUGGAAAGGGAGGAAGUGGAAGUUUUGAGGAAGGAUCUCAACAAGAAGAAAGAAGAGCUUGAAGUUACCAUGAACAGCAUCAGUGAAGAGAGAGAACAACUCACUAAAAUGAAGACUGACAAUGACAAAGAGAGAGAAAUACUUUUGAAUGAAAAGGACAGCAUGGAAGGUGAAAGGUCUGAGCUGAAGAUGAGAGAAGAUCAGCUCAUGACUAAAAUGAAAUCCAUAGAAACUCUGAGAGUAAAUCUUCAACAGCUAAACCAAAGGAUGAGUACAGACAUGAAAAAUAAAACUGACACUUUGCAACAAAACAUUGAAAAAGUGCGAAUGCUGUACGCUGAUUCUGAACAAAAGCUGGCAGAACUUGAUGGACAGAAAGAAAACAUGGCUUGUCACAUUGAGCUGUUCGAGAAAGAAAGGAAAAGUCUGAUAAGUAUCAUGUCAGACAUGGUCAUCCAGAGAAGACACAUCGAUAAUCAAUGGAAGCAAAGGUUUGACUUGGACAAACAAAACCUUGACAAACUGAAGGCAGGGCUGGAGCAAGAGAGAGGGGACGUGGACAGAGUGAAGGAGAUGAUGAACAAAGAGAAACUGGACUUGGAGCUGAUGAGUUCUGACAUCCAGAAACAAACUGACAGACUAGAACAAGAACAAGAAGUUCUAAAAGAGGAAAGAGAAAAGCUGGAUAUCACAAAGGCUGACCUUCGAGAGAAGAAAGAACAGGCAGACAGUCUGUUUCAUGAGAUAACCAGAGAGAAGAACAACAUUCAAGAUCUGAACCUUCAGGUUCAGACACAAAGAGACAAACUGGAAAAUGCCAUCAACAUGAUUACCUUCAAAGAAAAAGAACAAGAGCUCAAGGAAGACGAGUUUGAAAGACUGAAACAAGAACUGGAAUCCAGUAAGAUCAAUGUGCUAAUGGAAAGGGAGGAACUGGAAGUUUUGAGGAAGGAUCUCAACAAGAAGAAAGAAGAGCUUGAAGUUACCAUGAACAGCAUCAGUGAAGAGAGAGAACAACUCAGUCAGAUGAAGAUAAGCAUUGACAUGGACAGACAAGCACUUGCAAAUGAGAGAGAUCAAAUGGAAGCAGAAAUAUCUGAGUUUAAUUUGAGGGAAGGUCAGCUCAUGAGUGACAUACUAUCCAUGCAAACCCUGAGAAGUAAAGUCAAAGCACUGAAUGAAAAGAUGUGUAUGUACAUGAAAAACAAAACAGACAAACUAGACCAAACCACUCAAGAUGUGCAAAGAUUAUGUCUUGUAUUGGAACAAAAGAUUGAAGACUUUGAACAAGAGAGAGACCAGAUGUCAGUUUAUAUGAAGCUGAUACAGAGAGAAAAGGAUGAUCUGAAAGGUAAACUAUCAGACAUGGUCAUCCAGAGAGAAGAAAUGGAAAAUCGAUGGAAGCAACAUCCUGUGUUAGAAAAACAAGAACUUGACACACUGAAGACAACGCUGAUGCAAGAGAGAGAGGAUCUGAACAAAGAGAAACUGGACUUGGAGCUGAUGAGUUCUGACAUCCAGAAACAAACUGACAGACUAGAACAAGAAAAACAAGUUCUAAAAGAGGAAAGAGAAAAGCUGGAUAUCACAAAGGCUGACCUUCGAGAGAAGAAAGAACAGGCAGACAGUCUGUUUCAUGAGAUAACCAGAGAGAAGAACAACAUUCAAGAUCUGAACCUUCAGGUUCAGACACAAAGAGACAAACUGGAAAAUGCCAUCAACAUGAUUACCUUCAAAGAAAAAGAAAUACAUCUCAAGGAAGACGAGUUUGAAAGACUGAAACAAGAACUGGAAUCCAGUAAGAUCAAUGUGCUAAUGGAAAGGGAGGAAGUGGAAGUUUUGAGGAAGGAUAUCAACAAGAAGAAAGAAGAGCUGGAAGUUACCAUGAACAGCAUCAGUGAAGAGAGAGAACAACUCACUAAAAUGAAGACUGACAAUGACAAAGAGAGAGAAAUGCUUUUGAAUGAAAAGGACAGCAUGGAAGGUGAAAGGUCUGAGCUGAAGAUGAGAGAAGAUCAGCUCAUGACUAAAAUGAAAUCCAUAGAAACUCUGAGAGUAAAUCUUCAACAGCUAAACCAAAGGAUGAGUACAGACAUGAAAAAUAAAACUGACACUUUGCAACAAAACAUUGAAAAAGUGCGAAUGCUGUACGCUGAUUCUGAACAAAAGCUGGCAGAACUUGAUGGACAGAAAGAAAACAUGGCUUGUCACAUUGAGCUGUUAGAGAAAGAAAGGAAUAGUCUGAUAAGUAUCAUGUCAGACAUGGUCAUCCAGAGAAGACACAUCGAUAAUAGAUGGAAGCAAAGGUUUGACUUGGACAAACAAAACCUUGACAAACUGAAGGCAGAGCUGGAGCAAGAGAGGGAGGACGUGGACAGAGCGAAGGAAAUGAUGAACAAAGAGAAACUGGACUUGGAGCUGAUGAGUUCUGACAUCCAGAAACAAACUGACAGACUAGAACAAGAACAAGAAGUUCUAAAAGAGGAAAGAGAAAAGCUGGAUAUCACAAAGGCUGAGCUUCAAGAGAAGAAAGAACAGGCAGACAGUCUGUUUCAUGAGAUAACCAGAGAGAAGAACAACAUUCAAGAUCUGAACCUUCAGGUUCAGACACAAAGAGACAAACUGGAAAAUGCCAUCAACAUGAUUACCUUCAAAGAAAAAGAACAAGAGCUCAAGGAAGACGAGUUUGAAAGACUGAAACAAGAACUGGAAUCCAGUAAGAUCAAUGUGCUAAUGGAAAGGGAGGAACUGGAAGUUUUGAGGAAGGAUCUCAACAAGAAGAAAGAAGAGCUUGAAGUUACCAUGAACAGCAUCAGUGAAGAGAGAGAACAACUCAGUCAGAUGAAGAUAAGCAUUGACAUGGACAGACAAGCACUUGCAAAUGAGAGAGAUCAAAUGGAAGCAGAAAUAUCUGAGUUUAAUUUGAGGGAAGGUCAGCUCAUGAGUGACAUACUAUCCAUGCAAACCCUGAGAAGUAAAGUCAAAGCACUGAAUGAAAAGAUGUGUAUGUACAUGAAAAACAAAACAGACAAACUAGACCAAACCACUCAAGAUGUGCAAAGAUUAUGUCUUGUAUUGGAACAAAAGAUUGAAGACUUUGAACAAGAGAGAGACCAGAUGUCGGUUUAUACGAAGCUGAUACAGAGAGAAAAGGAUGAUCUGAAAGGUAAACUAUCAGACAUGGUCAUCCAGAGAGAAGAAAUGGAAAAUCGAUGGAAGCAACAUCCUGUGUUAGAAAAACAAGAACUUGACAAACUGAAGACAACGCUGAUGCAAGAGAGAGAGGAUCUGAACAAAGAGAAACUGGACUUGGAGCUGAUGAGUUCUGACAUCCAGAAACAAACUGACAGACUAGAACAAGAAAAACAAGUUCUAAAAGAGGAAAGAGAAAAGCUGGAUAUCACAAAGGCUGACCUUCGAGAGAAGAAAGAACAGGCAGACAGUCUGUUUCAUGAGAUAACCAGAGAGAAGAACAACAUUCAAGAUCUGAACCUUCAGGUUCAGACACAAAGAGACAAACUGGAAAAUGCCAUCAACAUGAUUACCUUCAAAGAAAAAGAAAUACAUCUCAAGGAAGACGAGUUUGAAAGACUGAAACAAGAACUGGAAUCCAGUAAGAUCAAUGUGCUAAUGGAAAGGGAGGAAGUGGAAGUUUUGAGGAAGGAUAUCAACAAGAAGAAAGAAGAGCUGGAAGUUACCAUGAACAGCAUCAGUGAAGAGAGAGAACAACUCACUAAAAUGAAGACUGACAAUGACAAAGAGAGAGAAAUGCUUUUGAAUGAAAAGGACAGCAUGGAAGGUGAAAGGUCUGAGCUGAAGAUGAGAGAAGAUCAGCUCAUGACUAAAAUGAAAUCCAUAGAAACUCUGAGAGUAAAUCUUCAACAGCUAAACCAAAGGAUGAGUACAGACAUGAAAAAUAAAACUGACACUUUGCAACAAAACAUUGAAAAAGUGCGAAUGCUGUACGCUGAUUCUGAACAAAAGCUGGCAGAACUUGAUGGACAGAAAGAAAACAUGGCUUGUCACAUUGAGCUGUUAGAGAAAGAAAGGAAUAGUCUGAUAAGUAUCAUGUCAGACAUGGUCAUCCAGAGAAGACACAUCGAUAAUCAAUGGAAGCAAAGGUUUGACUUGGACAAACAAAACCUUGACAAGCUGAAGGCAGAGCUGGAGCAAGAGAGGGAGGACGUGGACAGAGCGAAGGAAAUGAUGAACAAAGAGAAACUGGACUUGGAGCUGAUGAGUUCUGACAUCCCGAAACAAACUGACAGACUAGAACAAGAACAAGAAGUUCUAAAAGAGGAAAGAGAAAAGCUGGAUAUCACAAAGGCUGAGCUUCAAGAGAAGAAAGAACAGGCAGACAGUCUGUUUCAUGAGAUAACCAGAGAGAAGAACAACAUUCAAGAUCUGAACCUUCAGGUUCAGACACAAAGAGACAAACUGGAAAAUGCCAUCAACAUGAUUACCUUCAAAGAAAAAGAACAAGAGCUCAAGGAAGACGAGUUUGAAAGACUGAAACAAGAACUGGAAUCCAGUAAGAUCAAUGUGCUAAUGGAAAGGGAGGAACUGGAAGUUUUGAGGAAGGAUCUCAACAAGAAGAAAGAAGAGCUUGAAGUCACCAUGAACAGCAUCAGUGAAGAGAGAGAACAACUCAGUCAGAUGAAGAUAAGCAUUGACAUGGACAGACAAGCACUUGCAAAUGAGAGAGAUCAAAUGGAAGCAGAAAUAUCUGAGUUUAAUUUGAGGGAAGGUCAGCUCAUGAGUGACAUACUAUCCAUGCAAACCCUGAGAAGUAAAGUCAAAGCACUGAAUGAAAAGAUGUGUAUGUACAUGAAAAACAAAACAGACAAACUAGACCAAACCACUCAAGAUGUGCAAAGAUUAUGUCUUGUAUUGGAACAAAAGAUUGAAGACUUUGAACAAGAGAGAGACCAGAUGUCGGUUUAUACGAAGCUGAUACAGAGAGAAAAGGAUGAUCUGAAAGGUAAACUAUCAGACAUGGUCAUCCAGAGAGAAGAAAUGGAAAAUCGAUGGAAGCAACAUCCUGUGUUAGAAAAACAAGAACUUGACAAACUGAAGACAACGCUGAUGCAAGAGAGAGAGGAUCUGAACAAAGAGAAACUGGACUUGGAGCUGAUGAGUUCUGACAUCCAGAAACAAACUGACAGACUAGAACAAGAAAAACAAGUUCUAAAAGAGGAAAGAGAAAAGCUGGAUAUCACAAAGGCUGACCUUCGAGAGAAGAAAGAACAGGCAGACAGUCUGUUUCAUGAGAUAACCAGAGAGAAGAACAACAUUCAAGAUCUGAACCUUCAGGUUCAGACACAAAGAGACAAACUGGAAAAUGCCAUCAACAUGAUUACCUUCAAAGAAAAAGAAAUACAUCUCAAGGAAGACGAGUUUGAAAGACUGAAACAAGAACUGGAAUCCAGUAAGAUCAAUGUGCUAAUGGAAAGGGAGGAAGUGGAAGUUUUGAGGAAGGAUCUCAACAAGAAGAAAGAAGAGCUGGAAGUUACCAUGAACAGCAUCAGUGAAGAGAGAGAACAACUCACUAAAAUGAAGACUGACAAUGACAAAGAGAGAGAAAUGCUUUUGAAUGAAAAGGACAGCAUGGAAGGUGAAAGGUCUGAGCUGAAGAUGAGAGAAGAUCAGCUCAUGACUAAAAUGAAAUCCAUAGAAACUCUGAGAGUAAAUCUUCAACAGCUAAACCAAAGGAUGAGUACAGACAUGAAAAAUAAAACUGACACUUUGCAACAAAACAUUGAAAAAGUGCGAAUGCUGUACGCUGAUUCUGAACAAAAGCUGGCAGAACUUGAUGGACAGAAAGAAAACAUGGCUUGUCACAUUGAGCUGUUAGAGAAAGAAAGGAAUAGUCUGAUAAGUAUCAUGUCAGACAUGGUCAUCCAGAGAAGACACAUCGAUAAUCAAUGGAAGCAAAGGUUUGACUUGGACAAACAAAACCUUGACAAACUGAAGGCAGAGCUGGAGCAAGAGAGGGAGGACGUGGACAGAGCGAAGGAAAUGAUGAACAAAGAGAAACUGGACUUGGAGCUGAUGAGUUCUGACAUCCAGAAACAAACUGACAGACUAGAACAAGAACAAGAAGUUCUAAAAGAGGAAAGAGAAAAGCUGGAUAUCACAAAGGCUGACCUUCGAGAGAAGAAAGAACAGGCAGACAGUCUGUUUCAUGAGAUAACCAGAGAGAAGAACAACAUUCAAGAUCUGAACCUUCAGGUUCAGACACAAAGAGACAAACUGGAAAAUGCCAUCAACAUGAUUACCUUCAAAGAAAAAGAAAUACAACUCAAGGAAGACGAGUUUGAAAGACUGAAACAAGAACUGGAAUCCAGUAAGAUCAAUGUGCUAAUGGAAAGGGAGGAACUGGAAGUUUUGAGGAAGGAUCUCAACAAGAAGAAAGAAGAGCUGGAAGUUACCAUGAACAGCAUCAGUGAAGAGAGAGAACAACUCACUAAAAUGAAGACUGACAAUGACAAAGAGAGAGAAAUGCUUUUGAAUGAAAAGGACAGCAUGGAAGGUGAAAGGUCUGAGCUGAAGAUGAGAGAAGAUCAGCUCAUGACUAAAAUGAAAUCCAUAGAAACUCUGAGAGUAAAUCUUCAACAGCUAAACCAAAGGAUGAGUACAGACAUGAAAAAUAAAACUGACACUUUGCAACAAAACAUUGAAAAAGUGCGAAUGCUGUACGCUGAUUCUGAACAAAAGCUGGCAGAACUUGAUGAACAGAAAGAAAACAUGGCUUGUCACAUUGAGCUGUUAGAGAAAGAAAGGAAUAGUCUGAUAAGUAUCAUGUCAGACAUGGUCAUCCAGAGAAGACACAUCGAUAAUCAAUGGAAGCAAAGGUUUGACUUGGACAAACAAAACCUUGACAAACUGAAGGCAGAGCUGGAGCAAGAGAAGGAGGACGUGGACAGAGCGAAGGAAAUGAUGAACAAAGAGAAACUGGACUUGGAGCUGAUGAGUUCUGACAUCCAGAAACAAACUGACAGACUAGAACAAGAACAAGAAGUUCUAAAAGAGGAAAGAGAAAAGCUGGAUAUCACAAAGGCUGACCUUCGAGAGAAGAAAGAACAGGCAGACAGUCUGUUUCAUGAGAUAACCAGAGAGAAGAACAACAUUCAAGAUCUGAACCUUCAGGUUCAGACACAAAGAGACAAACUGGAAAAUGCCAUCAACAUGAUUACCUUCAAAGAAAAAGAACAAGAGCUCAAGGAAGACGAGUUUGAAAGACUGAAACAAGAACUGGAAUCCAGUAAGAUCAAUGUGCUAAUGGAAAGGGAGGAACUGGAAGUUUUGAGGAAGGAUCUCAACAAGAAGAAAGAAGAGCUUGAAGUUACCAUGAACAGCAUCAGUGAAGAGAGAGAACAACUCAGUCAGAUGAAGAUAAGCAUUGACAUGGACAGACAAGCACUUGCAAAUGAGAGAGAUCAAAUGGAAGCAGAAAUAUCUGAGUUUAAUUUGAGGGAAGGUCAGCUCAUGAGUGACAUACUAUCCAUGCAAACCCUGAGAAGUAAAGUCAAAGCACUGAAUGAAAAGAUGUGUAUGUACAUGAAAAACAAAACAGACAAACUAGACCAAACCACUCAAGAUGUGCAAAGAUUAUGUCUUGUAUUGGAACAAAAGAUUGAAGACUUUGAACAAGAGAGAGACCAGAUGUCGGUUUAUACGAAGCUGAUACAGAGAGAAAAGGAUGAUCUGAAAGGUAAACUAUCAGACAUGGUCAUCCAGAGAGAAGAAAUGGAAAAUCGAUGGAAGCAACAUCCUGUGUUAGAAAAACAAGAACUUGACAAACUGAAGACAACGCUGAUGCAAGAGAGAGAGGAUCUGAACAAAGAGAAACUGGACUUGGAGCUGAUGAGUUCUGACAUCCAGAAACAAACUGACAGACUAGAACAAGAAAAAGAAGUUCUAAAAGAGGAAAGAGAAAAGCUGGAUAUCACAAAGGCUGACCUUCGAGAGAAGAAAGAACAGGCAGACAGUCUGUUUCAUGAGAUAACCAGAGAGAAGAACAACAUUCAAGAUCUGAACCUUCAGGUUCAGACACAAAGAGACAAACUGGAAAAUGCCAUCAACAUGAUUACCUUCAAAGAAAAAGAACAAGAGCUCAAGGAAGACGAGUUUGAAAGACUGAAACAAGAACUGGAAUCCAGUAAGAUCAAUGUGCUAAUGGAAAGGGAGGAACUGGAAGUUUUGAGGAAGGAUCUCAACAAGAAGAAAGAAGAGCUUGAAGUUACCAUGAACAGCAUCAGUGAAGAGAGAGAACAACUCACUAAAAUGAAGACUGACAAUGACAAAGAGAGAGAAAUGCUUUUGAAUGAAAAGGACAGCAUGGAAGGUGAAAGGUCUGAGCUGAAGAUGAGAGAAGAUCAGCUCAUGACUAAAAUGAAAUCCAUAGAAACUCUGAGAGUAAAUCUUCAACAGCUAAACCAAAGGAUGAGUACAGACAUGAAAAAUAAAACUGACACUUUGCAACAAAACAUUGAAAAAGUGCGAAUGCUGUACGCUGAUUCUGAACAAAAGCUGGCAGAACUUGAUGAACAGAAAGAAAACAUGGCUUGUCACAUUGAGCUGUUAGAGAAAGAAAGGAAUAGUCUGAUAAGUAUCAUGUCAGACAUGGUUAUCCAGAGAAGACACAUCGAUAAUCAAUGGAAGCAAAGGUUUGACUUGGACAAACAAAACCUUGACAAACUGAAGGAAGAGCUGGAGCAAGAGAGGGAGGACGUGGACAGAGUGAAGGAGAUAAUGAACAAAGAGAAACUGGACUUGGAGCUGAUGAGUUCUGACAUCCAGAAACAAACUGACAGACUAGAACAAGAACAAGAAGUUCUAAAAGAGGAAAGAGAAAAGCUGGAUAUCACAAAGGCUGAGCUUCAAGAGAAGAAAGAACAGGCAGACAGUCUGUUUCAUGAGAUAACCAGAGAGAAGAACAACAUUCAAGAUCUGAACCUUCAGGUUCAGACACAAAGAGACAAACUGGAAAAUGCCAUCAACAUGAUUACCUUCAAAGAAAAAGAACAAGAGCUCAAGGAAGACGAGUUUGAAAGACUGAAACAAGAACUGGAAUCCAGUAAGAUCAAUGUGCUAAUGGAAAGGGAGGAACUGGAAGUUUUGAGGAAGGAUCUCAACAAGAAGAAAGAAGAGCUUGAAGUUACCAUGAACAGCAUCAGUGAAGAGAGAGAACAACUCACUAAAAUAAAGACUGACAAUGACAAAGAGAGAGAAAUGCUUUUGAAUGAAAAGGACAGCAUGGAAGGUGAAAGGUCUGAGCUGAAGAUGAGAGAAGAUCAGCUCAUGACUAAAAUGAAAUCCAUAGAAACUCUGAGAGUAAAUCUUCAACAGCUAAACCAAAGGAUGAGUACAGACAUGAAAAAUAAAACUGACACUUUGCAACAAAACAUUGAAAAAGUGCGAAUGCUGUACGCUGAUUCUGAACAAAAGCUGGCAGAACUUGAUGGACAGAAAGAAAACAUGGCUUGUCACAUUGAGCUGUUAGAGAAAGAAAGGAAUAGUCUGAUAAGUAUCAUGUCAGACAUGGUCAUCCAGAGAAGACACAUCGAUAAUCAAUGGAAGCAAAGGUUUGACUUGGACAAACAAAACCUUGACAAACUGAAGGCAGAGCUGGAGCAAGAGAGGGAGGACGUGGACAGAGCGAAGGAAAUGAUGAACAAAGAGAAACUGGACUUGGAGCUGAUGAGUUCUGACAUCCAGAAACAAACUGACAGACUAGAACAAGAACAAGAAGUUCUAAAAGAGGAAAGAGAAAAGCUGGAUAUCACAAAGGCUGAGCUUCAAGAGAAGAAAGAACAGGCAGACAGUCUGUUUCAUGAGAUAACCAGAGAGAAGAACAACAUUCAAGAUCUGAACCUUCAGGUUCAGACACAAAGAGACAAACUGGAAAAUGCCAUCAACAUGAUUACCUUCAAAGAAAAAGAACAAGAGCUCAAGGAAGACGAGUUUGAAAGACUGAAACAAGAACUGGAAUCCAGUAAGAUCAAUGUGCUAAUGGAAAGGGAGGAACUGGAAGUUUUGAGGAAGGAUCUCAACAAGAAGAAAGAAGAGCUUGAAGUUACCAUGAACAGCAUCAGUGAAGAGAGAGAACAACUCAGUCAGAUGAAGAUUAACAUUGACGUGGACAGACAAGCACUUGCAAAUGAGAGAGAUCAAAUGGAAGCAGAAAUAUCUGAGUUUAAUUUGAGGGAAGGUCAGCUCGUGAGUGACAUACUAUCCAUGCAAACCCUGAGAAGUAAAGUCAAAGCACUGAAUGAAAAGAUGUGUAUGUACAUGAAAAACAAAACAGACAAACUAGACCAAACCACUCAAGAUGUGCAAAGAUUAUGUCUUGUAUUGGAACAAAAGAUUGAAGACUUUGAACAAGAGAGAGACCAGAUGUCGGUUUAUACGAAGCUGAUACAGAGAGAAAAGGAUGAUCUGAAAGGUCAACUAUCAGACAUGGUCAUCCAGAGAGAAGAAAUGGAAAAUCGAUGGAAGCAACAUCCUGUGUUAGAAAAACAAGAACUUGACAAACUGACGACAACGCUGAUGCAAGAGAGAGAGGAUCUGAACAAAGAGAAACUGGACUUGGAACUGAUGAGUUCUGACAUCCAGAAACAAACUGACAGACUAGAACAAGAACAAGAAGUUCUAAAAGAGGAAAGAGAAAAGCUGGAUAUCACAAAGGCUGAGCUUCAAGAGAAGAAAGAACAGGCAGACAGUCUGUUUCAUGAGAUAACCAGAGAGAAGAACAACAUUCAAGAUCUGAACCUUCAGGUUCAGACACAAAGAGACAAUCUGGAAAAUGCCAUCAACAUGAUUACCUUCAAAGAAAAAGAAAUACAACUCAAGGAAGACGAGUUUGAAAGACUGAAACAAAAACUGGAAUCCAGUAAGAUCAAUUUGCUAAUGGAAAGGGAGGAACUGGAAGUUUUGAGGAAGGAUCUCAACAAGAAGAAAGAAGAGCUUGAAGUUACCAUGAACAGCAUCAGUGAAGAGAGAGAACAACUCACUAAAAUGAAGACUGACAAUGACAAAGAGAGAGAAAUGCUUUUGAAUGAAAAGGACAGCAUGGAAGGUGAAAGGUCUGAGCUGAAGAUGAGAGAAGAUCAGCUCAUGACUAAAAUGAAAUCCAUAGAAACUCUGAGAGUAACUCUUCAACAGCUAAACCAAAGGAUGAGUACAGACAUGAAAAAUAAAACUAACACUUUGCAACAAAACAUUGAAAAGGUGCAAAUGUUGUACGCUGAUUUUGAACACAAGCUGGCAGAACUUGAUGAACAGAAAGAAAACAUGGCUUGUCACAUUGAGCUGUUAGAGAAAGAAAGGAAUAGUCUGAUAAGUAUCAUGUCAGACAUGGUCAUCCAGAGAGGACACAUCGAUAAUCAAUGGAAGCAAAGGUUUGACUUGGACAAACAAAACCUUGACAAACUGAAGGUAGAGCUGGAGCAAGAGAGGGAGGACGUGGACAGAGCGAAGGAAAUGAUGAACAAAGAGAAACUGGACUUGGAGCUGAUGAGUUCUGACAUCCAGAAACAAACUGAAAGACUAGAACAAGAAAAAGAAGUUCUAAAAGAGGAAAGAGAAAAGCUGGAUAUCACAAAGGCUGAGCUUCAAGAGAAGAAAGAACAGGCAGACAGUCUGUUUCAUGAGAUAACCAGAGAGAAGAACAACAUUCAAGAUCUGAACCUUCAGGUUCAGACACAAAGAGACAAACUGGAAAAUGCCAUCAACAUGAUUACCUUCAAAGAAAAAGAACAAGAGCUCAAGGAAGACGAGUUUGAAAGACUGAAACAAGAACUGGAAUCCAAUAAGAUCAAUGUGCUAAUGGAAAGGGAGGAACUGGAAGUUUUGAGGAAGGAUCUCAACAAGAAGAAAGAAGAGCUUGAAGUUACCAUGAACAGCAUCAGUGAAGAGAGAGAACAACUCAGUCAGAUGAAGAUAAGCAUUGACGUGGACAGACAAGCACUUGCAAAUGAGAGAGAUCAAAUGGAAGCAGAAAUAUCUGAGUUUAAUUUGAGGGAAGGUCAGCUCGUGAGUGACAUACCAUCCAUGCAAGCCCUGAGAAGUAAAGUCAAAGCACUGAAUGAAAAGAUGUGUAUGUACAUGAAAAACAAAACAGACAAACUAGGCCAAACCACUCAAGAUGUGCAAAGAUUAUGUCUUGUAUUGGAACAAAAGAUUGAAGACUUUGAACAAGAGAGAGACCAGAUGUCGGUUUAUACGACGCUGAUACAGAGAGAAAAGGAUGAUUUGAAAGGUACACUAUCAGACAUGGUUGUCCAGAGAGAAGAAAUGGAAAAUCGAUGGAAGCAACAUCCUGUGUUAGAAAAACAAGAACUGGAAUCCAGUAAGAUCAAUGUGCUAAUGGAAAGGGAGGAACUGGAAGUUUUGAGGAAGGAUCUCAACAAGAAAAAAGAAGAGCUUGAAGUUACCAUGAACAGCAUCAGUGAAGAGAGAGAACAACUCACUAAAAUGAAGACUGACAAUGACAAAGAGAGAGAAAUGCUUUUGAAUGAAAAGGACAGAAUGGAAGGUGAAAGGUCUGAGCUGAAGAUGAGAGAAGAUCAGCUCAUGACUAAAAUGAUAUCCAUAGAAACUCUGAGAGUAAAUCUUCAACAGCUAAACCAAAAGAUGAGUACAGACAUGAAAAAUAAAGCUGACACCUUGCAUCAAAACAUUGAAAAAGUGCAAAUGCUGUACGCUGAUUCUGAACAAAAGCUGGCAGAACUUGAUGGACAGAAAGAAAACAUGGCUUGUCACAUUGAGCUGUUAGAGACAGAAAGGAAUUGUCUGAUAAGUAUCAUGUCAGACAUGGUCAUCCAGAGAAGACACAUCGAUAAUCAAUGGAAGCAAAGGUUUGACUUGGAGAAACAAAACCUUGACAAACUGAAGGCAGAGCUGGAGCAAGAGAGAGAGGACGUGGACAGAGCGAAGGAGAUGAUGAACAAAGAGAAACUGGACUUGGAGCUGAUGAGUUCCAACAUCCAGAAACAAACUGACAGACUAGAACAAGUUAUACCACAGCCAACAGAAAAGUUGGAAAUCACAAAGGAUGAGCUACAUCGGAAGAAAAACAACACUCAUAUUCUUGUUGAUGAGAUAACUCAUGAAAAAGAUGAAAUCUCUCAAGUAGACCUCGCCGUUCAAAAUAAGAUGAUGGAUGCAGAAAUAUCUGAGCUCAGGAUCAGAGUUUGCUGGGUCACCAGUGUAAUGAACUCCUUGGGAAUUCUGAGAGCCAAACUCAGUGAGCUGAAUGAAAGAACACAUGAAGACUUUCGAAAGAAUAUGGAGAGAUUGGAGGAGAAAAACGGACACAUAUUUCAAAUGUACAAAGUUUUGGACCUGAAGUGUGAUGAACUUCUUAAACAGAAAAAUAAGAUCACUGGUUAUUUUGACCUGAUCCAAAGAGAGAAGAAACAUGGGGCGAAAAUGACUUUUGACAAGGUGGUACAAACUGAAGCUGGAGUAAACAAAUGGCUGCAGGUGGAAGACGUCGUGAAGCAGGAUUUGAUUAAACCUAAAGAGUUUGAAUGCGGGAAGGAUGUUCUGCAGCCAGAAGUUGCAAAGCAGACUGAAGAAUUUGAACAUCAGUGGAAGUUAGAGGAAGAUAAAUGUGGGACAAUGUCCAAGUCAGAGGCAGAACAAGAUGACCUUACAGACGAAAAAAUUUCAACAAGAGAUUGUUUGCGGAACAUUUGGAAGGACACUAAAAUGGAACGGAAGGAGAUUGAUCGGAUGAAGCGCAGGGGUCAAGAGAUGAGAAACAGUCUGGAGGAAAGACUAAAGGUGAUCAAUCAGCUUGUUUCGAGAACAUGGUUACAGAAAGAAAAGGAACCACUGGCGAAGACAAAGCUGGAACAAGGACUUAGUAAGGACACAACAUCUCAAAGUGACGGCAAGAGAGAUCACAAAACCCUUGAAGAAAAACACACAGAGCUCCUCCAACUGAAGGCUCGGAUGCUUGGUGAGAUUGAGAAACUCCACGCCAAAGAAAAAGCGUCUGGGACACGAACAACGAGCGACAAAGCUAAUCAAACAUUCCAGGUGGAUGUAACCACAGGGGAUGCAACAGUGCAGGUAACUGAACAAGCUUCUGCCAGGACGCAUCAAGAGACUGAAACAGCUCUACAGACAACCAGUGGACUCCUCUGUCAGCUCCGACAUUACUGCUGUCGCUGCUGCUGCCCUUGCUGUAAGCAGGUGUGCCCAGAGGAGAAAUGAGAGCCAUGUCUAUUUGAGGUCUGUUUCUAGCAUACAUUUCCAAUGUAGAAUUUCAACUUAAAUCACAUAUUUGACUUAUUUGUCUACCAGAUGUAAUAUGAGACACACAUUAUCUUGGGAAUGUUAUUUUUGUGAGAGGAAUAGUUUGAUAUGAGCCAUAAUGGUAAAUAAUUGCCUUUGAUAAGACUACAAAGCUUCUUGAAAGACACUGAGCAUUCCGGUGCUGCCAGUAGGAGGCAGUGUGGUGCUUUGCGUCUCCCAUGGACCGUCUUUGUGAGAGGACUCUUGUUGCUGCCUCAUCAGAACAGAAGCAUUCUUUCAUGUUGUUACAGGUUUGUCAAGUUUUAAAACUUGUGUUACUAAAACUACUACUUCUUACUAAGAACAAAGUAAACUGCAGGCAUUGUUAGUUUCUGGCUCCAGUGCAUUUCUUUUUGGGUUCAGGAUUUUUCUUGGUGUGAUUACUUGUUCUAAAUGGAUGUAUUGUUAGUAUUAGAGUUUGAUGUGUAUGUUUUUGAACGCUUGAUGCAUUUUGAAAACAAUGUGCUAGUUUUAUUUGCACUAUGUAACAGGACAAACAAGGACUAAUUGAUUGAGUACAACACUGAUUGAACUUAGGAUUAUUUUAAUAAGAAAUGGAGAAAUGUAGAGUGUGUUUUUUCAUUGAAAGCAAAGAGGUUGUAACUAGCAUAUGUAUAAUGCUUAUUUUUUUGAGGUUAAGGCUCUUUGCAAUGAUGAAAUGACAUUGAAGUGUGGAAAACAAAAUACGGAAAGUAUUACAUGAAUCUUAUCUGUUUAUGGGUUCUCAGUCUGAGAUCUGUUACAAAUACAAAGAUAACAGCUGAACAUUUUGGUUCUGAAUGGUUCUGUUUUGACAGUCCAGAUACUGGAAAGACUGAAAAUUACCAGGGUGAUGUUAGGUUUCCUAAUUUAUUAUUAUUAUUAUUAUUAUUAUUAUUAUUAUUAUUCUGACACUUUUCUAAACCAACAUGAGAACUAACAAAAGUAAUGCAAUAACUCAAAAUGUUCAAGUAUUUCUGAUAUUCUGAGUGCAAAUGUGUGAGGCUUGUGUGUUUAAAAAAAAAUGCUUUACCUUUAGUGGCCACCUUAUUUUACUGCAGAAGAUUGAGUAGCGUACCUGAACCAUUUUAAGAAUGAGUGCUUAAUUUUCAAUUUUCAAGUCCUGAUUUAAACCCUCAGCCCUUCACAUUUAAAUGUUAAACAAAAUGUAUUCAACUUAAGCUUUAAGCCACUUUAACAGAGAGUCUUAAAUAUUUAGGAAUUGACCUUGUCAAGUUGACUUCUUUUUCUGUUUGUUUUUGAUGGUCUUCUUUUUAAGUUUUCAUUCAUUUACCUUGUUCUGUAACAAUUAUUGAAGUAAAAUAAAUAAGCCAUUC